ACGCCGCUCCGCCAUUGUUGUUGUUGUUGAGAAGCUUUGUUUACUAGGCCGACAUUUCUGAGGAAAAAACCUUUAUUUUAAGUUGCCCCACCCCUUCCGUUUAUGUAGUUUUGGGUGAGGACAAAGAGUUUUGUGUCGCUUUCGUCGUGAGGCCCAAUAUGACGAGUUUUAAGAAAGAUUUCCUGUGUUUUAUGUGAAAAAAUUUUGAGAAUCUGCGGAGUUUGUGCCUUUCCUUUGCUGCUCUUUUUUUGGUCUUCCCUUAUGCCAUCUCCACGUUGAAAGAGAGAGAGAGAACGAGGAAUAAGCCCGAGGUAUGUGUUUAUCGAGAAGAUAUUUAUUUAAGUAACCCCACCUUGGUAUCUGAAAUGUAGAAGAGAUUGAGAACACGAUUUCACUUCUCCAAGUUUACAACCAAAAGGGCAAGAUGGAUGCUAGUAAGACCUUAGGUAUGACGUCGGCGAUCAGCCUGGCGAAGCCCAAGGCGUCCGACUUAGAGCAUACGAGGGAACUUGAGGAGUAUUUAAGAGAUGCGGGCAUGUUCGAGACUGAUGCUGAACUAAAUCACAGAUUUGAAGUCCUUGGAAAGCUGAACAAUCUUGUAAAAGCUUGGAUUCGAGAUGUAAGCAUAAAUGUCAAGAACAUGCCCCCACAAAUUGCAGACACAGUUGGUGGUAAGAUUUGCACUUUUGGUUCCUACCGACUAGGUGUUGCAGGGAAAGGUGCUGAUAUUGACGCCCUUUGCGUUGCCCCAAGACACAUUGAACGACAAGACUACUUUACAAGUUUUUAUGAACUGCUUAAGGAACAGAGUGAAGUGACAGAGAUGAGAGCAGUUGAAGAGGCCUUCGUCCCUGUUAUCAAAAUGAAAUACGAGAACAUCGAGAUUGAUUUGCUCUUUGCACGGUUAGCAUUGAAGGAGGUGCAUGACUCAGUCGACCUCAAUGAUGACAGCAUUCUUAAGAACCUGGAUGAGAAGUGUGUUAGGAGUCUCAAUGGUUGCAGAGUCACAGAUGAGAUUCUGCGCCAAGUCCCAAAUAGAGAGAGUUUCAGAUUGGCGUUACGAGCAAUAAAAUUGUGGGCGAAACGUCAUGGUGUAUACAGCAACGUUCUUGGGUAUCUUGGUGGUGUGUCAUGGGCUAUGCUUGUAGCAAGAACAUGUCAGCUGUAUCCCAAUGCUACAGCUUCCACCUUAGUUGAAAAAUUCUUCCUAGUGUUCUCAAAGUGGACAUGGCCUGCUCCUGUAUACCUCAAACAGCCCUAUGAUGCAAAACAUGGGUUUAAGGUCUGGGAUCCUCGUGUGAAUGUACAAGACAGAUUCCACUUGAUGCCAAUCAUCACACCAGCAUACCCACAACAGAAUUCUACUUUCAAUACGUCCCAAUCCACAAGAGCUGUUAUGGUGGAGGAAUUCAAGAUGGGUCUUCAGAUCACAGAGGACAUCAUGUUGGGAAAAGCUACAUGGGACAAACUCUUCCAGCCGCCAAACUUUUUCAUGAAAUAUAAACACUACCUUGUUGUGAUUGCUGUGGCUCGGACCCCAGAAGACCAUUUAGAGUGGUAUGGACUUGUUGAGUCAAAAAUCCGACACUUAAUUUCCAGUCUAGAACAUAACCCAGCAAUAAAGACUGUACACAUAAACCCUGUGACUUUUAACUGUCAGGACCCAGAAUAUAAGGAUAAACCACAUUCAUCAUGGUUCCUUGGGGUGGACUUCAAUAAAAGUGAAAAUGUAAAUAUAGAUCUCACCAACGACAUCAAUAAAUUUGUAGAAGUUGUGUAUAAGCAGAGCACCUACAACAAGGCAUACAAAGAAGGCAUGGAGGUCAACUGCAAGUACGUCAAGCGGAAACAGCUGACAAACUACCUAUCCCAAGAGGACCUCGACAAAUACAAGCCCAGAGUAGAGGAAGGGCAACCCCAGACCAUCAGACAGAAGAGAAAGUCGGACGUCGGAUCCCAAGAUUCCCCCAGCAGAGAAAGUCCAGAGAAUAACAAAAAGCCCAAGAUUGACGGUGAUUUGACUACUCAGGCCACUCUGAAUGGUGAUGACUCCAAUAUCUCCAUAGACGAAGCAUUUUCUAACACAUCAAUUCCAGGCCUAGCUCCAGAAAUAAAUGCAGCACAGCAAUCAUUACCAUUGUCUAGCUGAGGGUAGCAGAAUCUGGCAGCAUCUAGGCUCUCAAGCAUUGAACUUCCUGAUGUCCUCACCCCUGAACCUCCUCAACUUGCAGCCACACGAAACAAUUUCAUAAUUCACUUCAAGUGAACCAUGCUGAAGGUGGAGGAAUGUGCUGUGAUGUGCAGUGGAAAAGGAAAAUGAGGAACAUUUAAAGGUUGAUGAAUUAACGGAUGAUACAUCACACAUUUUUUUAGAGUGAUACAUUCAGUGGGAAAGAUUAUUAUUGCCCAAGUAACUCUUUGGUUCAUUCUAGGAGCCUGAAAUCAGAUGUUGGCAGUUUAAGUGGUUAUAUCCGAGCCUUGGUAAAUGAGUAAGGGUACGAGGAAUGAAAAGGUCGUCUGCAUCUGUUGACUUGGUCUUGUCUCAUUCAAGGAGGAUUUUUAUUUUAUUUUCUUUUGGCAAAAGUUACACAUUUGGUUCUUUUAUACUAUAUAUAGAUAUACUUCCUUUACCAAUAUGUAUGUUCCUCCAAGUGGAACAUAACUUUUCUCCGACCUUUGUUUUUAAUGACUUUUCAUCAUAUAUUAAUUCAUUCACAAAUGAAAUUGUAACCAGAAGUCUUUAAGUAGUGGUUCUGAUUGUAACCUGAAAUUGUGCCCAACAAUAUGAUCAUGCUUUCAGAGACUUAAGCUUGAUGGUUUAGUGGUUGAAUGUUGGUAUCACAAUGGGACAAAAGUGCAAAAAAAUGAGAAAUAGAUAGAUAAAAUGGUAAAAAAACAACAAAAACAAAAACAAAAAAACAGCUUGAAUGAGGAGCUGGGACAUUAGUAAAAGGCAUCAUAUGCCUAUUUGUAUAAAUAAGAAAGUACUGUAACUAAUUGGUAGUGAAUUUCUAAAGGCAAAGGACAUAGCAGUUAAUAUCAGGGUUAAUAUAUCUAUUUUUUCUGGGAUUUUUCAUUUUAUUAUAAGAUACAGAUCUUAUUUUCACUGCUAUAAAUU